UUACAACGGCGACAGCUGCAUAGCGGAGCGACCCGAUCAGUACCAGUCACCAUCAUGUCUCAUAGCGAUGAUACCAGUCACCAUGUCAGCAAGGACAUGUGGGAGUCUCACAACAAGAUGAUGCUGGAGCCACUCCGCUCCAACGACUCUGAGGUGUUCUCCAUCAUAAAGCGAGAGAAGCAUCGCCAGACGUUUGGCCUGGAGCUGAUAGCGUCAGAGAACUUCACCUCUAGAGCCGUUCUGGAAGCCCUGGGGUCCUGCAUGAACAAUAAGUACUCUGAGGGGUACCCUGGACAGAGAUACUACGGCGGUACGGAACAUGUAGAUGAGUUGGAGCGUCUGUGUCAGAGGAGAGCUCUGGAGGCCUACGGACUGGACGCUGACAAGUGGGGGGUCAACGUACAGCCAUACUCAGGCUCCCCUGCUAACUUUGCUGUGUACACGGCCAUCGUGGAGCCUCAUGGGCGGAUCAUGGGUCUGGACCUACCUGAUGGAGGUCACCUGACACACGGCUUCAUGACGGACAAGAAGAAGAUCUCUGCCACAUCCAUCUUCUUUGAGUCCAUGCCCUACAAGGUGAAUCCAGACACUGGCCUCAUCAACUAUGACCGACUGGAGGAGAACGCCCGGCUGUUCCACCCCAAACUGAUCAUCGCAG